GAAAAGGAGAUAAAACUAACAAAAAAAAGUAGAAAGCCAUUUCUCUCUCUCCAUUGCUACAAAUGCAAUUCAUUUUCUUGAUUAAUUGUAGUAGUAUUAAUAAAUUUUGCAUGUCAGCAUGUGUGUGUCUCUGUGCAUUAUCUAACCACUCUUCUUGACUUCUUGUACUACCAUAUAUAAAAAUGAGUGUAUAGAAGAAGAAAAGCCCUGAGAACCCCACACAGAAAGGGGGAGAGAGAGGAACAGUUUCCUCACAGAAAUCUCAUGGAGAAGCAGAAGAGUUUCUCCAUUAAGCCUAGAAGACUAUGGCUUUUCUCUUUUACCAUUUCACUUUCUUUAAUCUUUUUCAUGUUUUUCUCCAUCUAUGUCCUCAACCUUCCACUAUCUACUCGUCAACAAACUCAUCUUCACUUCAACACUACUACUACUACUACAGCCUCUUUGGGCCUCAGAUCCCCCUUCAACAUUCAAACUUUAACUGCUCUUCACAGAAAUUACUCAGCAACCCAAUUCAAGAACUCCAUUUUAGUGAGUACCCAUUUCAGUACACUUGAAAAUGAGUCCCAAAUUUCUAAUAUUUCAACAUUUCAAGCGAUCUUGGAAGAUGGGAGUGUUAAAACUUCAACCCUUUUUGGUAACCGCUCGACCAAAACUGAAAUUGUUUCUUCGAAGGAUCUUGAAAUAGUUAGUGUGAAUAGUAGUGUUCUUACUUGGAAGCAGCAGAAUGUGUCCAUUACUUUGUCAAAGAAAGGAGAAGUUUCUAGUGAUGUGCUCAAGGCGUUGAAUAAUAAGAAAGAAUGUGAUAUUCCUAACGGGAAGUGGGUGUUUGAUGAAAGUUAUCCUCUGUACACAAAUGCUUCAUGUCCCUACAUUGAUGAAGGUUUUAGUUGUGAAAGUAAUGGAAGAUUGGAUAAGAAUUAUAUGAAAUGGAGAUGGCAACCUCAAGAUUGUGACAUUCCAAGGUUCAAUGCUACUCAGAUGCUGGAACUUAUCAGAGGAAAAAGAUUAGUGUUUGUUGGUGACUCCAUCAACAGGAAUCAAUGGGAAUCGAUGCUUUGCUUGCUAAUGGGAGCAAUAAAAGAUCCAAGAAAGGUUUAUGAGACUCGUGGCCGGAGAAUAACCAAAGAGAAGGGCAAUUAUUGUUUCAAGUUUGUGGACUAUCAAUGUACAGUUGAAUACUAUGUAACUCAUUUUUUGGUUCAUGAGGGUAAGGCAAGAAUAGGCAGCAAACGGGUGCAGACCCUGCGUAUCGAUACGAUUGACAAAGGUUCAUCAAGAUGGAGAGGGGCUGAUAUUCUGGUCUUUAACACUGCUCAUUGGUGGAAUCACCAUAAAACUAAAGCAGGGAAAAAUUACUACCAGGAGAGGAAUCAAGUUCAUCCUCGUCUUGAUGUUUCAACAGCUUUUGGAAAAGCUCUGACUACUUGGGCAUCAUGGAUUGAUAGAUAUGUCAAUCCAAGCAAAACACAAGUUUUCUUCCGAAGUUCUGCUCCUUCUCAUUUCAGUGGGGGUCAGUGGAACACUGGUGGGCACUGCAGAGAAGCUUCUCAACCAACCCCCGAGACAUACAGAGGAGAGUAUCCAGAAAAGAACACAAUAGUUGAGCAAAUCAUUGGGAAUAUGAAGACUCCAGUUACCUUUUUGAAUAUAACUGGUUUGUCAGAUUACAGGAUUGAUGGUCAUCCUUCUAUAUAUGGAAGAAAACCUGGCACCUCUUCGCGUGUUCAAGAUUGUAGCCAUUGGUGUCUCCCAGGGGUUCCAGAUACUUGGAAUGAAAUCUUGUAUAUGCAUUUAGAAAGUAAAAGAAGGAAGAGUUUGGCUAACUGAAACUUCAUUCUCAAAUUGUAAUUCUUUCAUUUGUUCAGCAUGUUUGCUAGGCUGUAUAUAGAUGUGAAAUCGAGGUUAAUCUUUUGCUCUA